AUGAGCAUCGCGGUGUUGGACGGCGCAACCAUCAGGUCCUUUGUGGGGGACGACGAGGCCUUCCGUCGCUCCGUCGACGACCGCUUCCUCCGCCUCGAUACCAACCGCGAUGGUCUCCUCUCCUACUCCGAGUUCCUCCACGAGCUCCAGCGGCUGAGGGUCCUCGACUCCUCCGGCUUCGGCGAAGAAGAAGCAGCGUGCAGCGGGGAGCAGCUGCCGCUCAUCUAUGCCGCCAUGUUCCAGGCUUUCGACCGGGACAGGAGCGGAGCCAUCGACAGGGCGGAGUUCAGGGAGGAGAUGAAGCGGAUGCUGCUGGGCGUGGCCGACGGCCUGGGGGCUCUGCCCGUCCAGAUGGUGCUGGAAGACGACAGCUUCCUGAAACUCGCCGCCGACCUCGAGUCCUCUGCCUUCUGA